AUGCUCGUGAUCCUGUUCUUACCUGCUGGUGCGCAGAAUAUGUACGGACCAAUACAUCUUGAAGCCUGGGCGGAACCCAAUUGCCAAGGUGGUGACACGGCUAUUACGUUUACCGACAAUUUUUAUGGACGAAAUUUAUCAAUCGCUUUGGUAUCUCGCAGUUUCAAGCUCUCACGCGCUCUUCAAGGGGAAGAGCAACUAGAUAUUUCUGUGACGCACAAUUUUGACACAUGGUAUGCGGACAAAGAUCAAUUUUCUAUGAACGACUCUUCAUGCCAGACCUUUGUUCAGACAUACUAUGCUGUAAAUGGAAGUACAGCAUGCCAUAAUACACCCAAGUUCACAUGUCAUCGGCUUUGGACAAAUCCUGGUCUUUCCUGGUCUUAUACAACCGAAUAGGAAAAACAAGAAACUGAUGUUGAAGUCUUUUAUUGCUUCCUAUCUCAUCGCCAGUCUAUCUGAGAGCGUGACUGCCU